AGAGUAGUCGCAGUGAUUGUCUUUCUCUGCAGUAGCGAUCUCGAUUCUCGACAGCGAGAUGGGGCGAGGAGAAUCGAAAACGGCGCGAGUUCAGAUGGGGAAGACGAAGCUCGACUCGUGGUGGCUCGCGGCGAGAUCCACGGAAGUAUCCGCGACAGGCGUGCAGCUGACGACGACCCUCCCUCCCGCCGGCCCCAGCGCGCCGUGGAUGGAGGCCGUAGUUCCCGGCACAGUUUUGACAACUUUGCUGAAGAACAACUUGGUGCCAGAUCCUUUCUAUGGGCAAAACAAUGAAGCAAUAAUAGAUAUUGCAGAUUCAGGGAGGGAAUACUAUACAUUUUGGUUUUUCACGACCUUUGAGUAUAACAUGACAGCAAAUCAACAUGUACAUCUCAACUUCCGAGCAAUUAAUUAUUCAGCGGAUGUCUAUUUGAAUGGUCACAAAAAGAAUCUUUCCAAAGGGAUGUUCCGAAGGCAUUCACUGGAUAUUACUGAUAUACUUCACCAGAAUGGAAUAAAUAUGCUUGCUGUUCUCCUUCAUCCUCCUGAUCAUCCUGGUAGCAUACCUCCUGAGGGUGGACAAGGUGGAGAUCAUGAGAUUGGAAAAGAUGUUGCUGCUCAAUAUGUUCAAGGCUGGGAUUGGAUGACUCCAAUAAGAGAUAGGAACACUGGGAUUUGGGAUGAAGUAUCAAUUCAAGUUACUGGGCCUGUGAAGAUUUCUGAUCCACAUUUGGUCUCAACCUUUUUUGACAACUUCAAGAGAGCAUAUCUGCACACUACUCUUGAACUAGAAAACAAAAGUUCAUGGCUUGCAGAGUGCAUAUUGUCUCUCCAGGUUAAAAUUGAAAUAGAGGAGAACAUCUGCCUGGUCGAACAUCUUCUAUCUUAUGAGUUGUCAGUUCCACCAGAAACCCUGAUCCAGUUCACUAUACCACCGAUGUUCUUCUACAAGCCUAAUCUAUGGUGGCCAAACGGCAUGGGUAAGCAAUCAUUAUAUGACGUUGAGAUAUCAGUUGAAGUUAAAGGAUUUGGUGAAUCUGAUUCAUGGAGCCAUUGUUUUGGCUUCAGGAAAGUUGAAAGUACUAUAGAUGAUGCUACUGGUGGUAGAUUGUUCAAGGUGAAUGGAGAAAAAAUUUUCAUCCGUGGAGGAAAUUGGAUACUAUCGGAUGGUCUUUUGAGGCUUUCAAAUCGGAGAUACAUGACCGACAUUAAGUUCCAUGCAGAUAUGAAUUUCAACAUGCUUCGAUGUUGGGGUGGUGGAAUAGCUGAGAGACCAGAAUUCUAUGAAUAUUGUGAUAAGUAUGGGUUGCUGGUUUGGCAAGAAUUUUGGAUAACAGGAGAUGUUGAUGGGCGAGGUGUACCUGUAUCCAAUCCCGAUGGACCUUUGGACCAUGACCUUUUCAUGCUAUGUGCAAGGGAUACUGUCAAACUCCUUAGGAACUAUGCUAGUCUUGCUCUUUGGGUCGGUGGUAACGAACAAGUUCCUCCAGAAGAUAUAAAUGCAGCUUUAAAAAGUGACCUGAAGCUCCAUCCAUUGUUUGAUGCAACGACAAACGAUUUGAUUGAUGAUACGAAGGACCCAAGUCAAUAUCUUGAUGGCACACGAGUUUACAUACAAGGAUCUAUGUGGGAUGGUUUUGCAGACGGAAAGGGUGAUUUUACUGAUGGGCCUUACGAGAUACAAUACCCAGAGAAUUUUUUCAAGGAUAAUUUUUACACCUAUGGGUUCAAUCCUGAGGUUGGUUCUGUUGGAAUGCCAGUAGCAGCUACAAUCAGGUCCACGAUGCCACCAGAAGGAUGGUUAAUACCGCUAUUUAACAAGAACUCUGAUGGUUACAUAGAGGAAAUUCCAAACCCUAUAUGGGCCUAUCACAAAUACAUUCCAUAUUCAAAGCCAGGGAAAGUUCAUGAUCAGAUUGCAGAUUAUGGGUGUCCGAAAGACUUGGACGACUUCUGUGACAAGGCACAGCUUGUCAAUUAUGUCCAAUACAGGGCCCUACUCGAGGGUUGGACGUCUCGCAUGUGGACUAAGUACACGGGUGUGCUAAUUUGGAAGACUCAAAAUCCUUGGACAGGCCUCCGGGGUCAGUUUUAUGAUCAUCUUCAUGACCAAACCGCAGGCUUCUUCGCUUGUCGAUGUGCUGCAGAGCCAAUUCACGUCCAGCUUAAUCUUGCUAAUUAUUUCAUAGAGGUUGUGAAUACAACUUCGGCUGAACUUUCAAAUCUGGCGAUAGAAGUUUCGGUCUGGGACUUGGAGGGAGGAUGCCCAUUUUACAAAGUUACCGAAACAAUCGUGGUACCGCCCAAGCAAGUAGUAGAAGUUGUCAAACUGAAGUAUCCAGAUUCAAAGAAUGCACGCCCAGUUUAUUUUCUCCUUCUCAAGCUCUUCAGAGUGUUGGAUUCUGCCAUCGUAUCUCGGAACUUUUAUUGGUUACAUCUGCCUGGCAAAGACUUCAGGUUAUUGGAGCCAUAUCGAGAAAAGCGAGUACCACUUGAGAUUACUUCAGAAGUUCUUAUUUCAGGUCCAACCUACAAAGUCAAUAUGAGAUUAAAGAACUUAUCAAAAAGCUCUAGAAGUCUAAUAUGCAAGACAAUGGAUGACAAAAAGGACGGUUUUAGCGAUUUGGAUACAUCAACUGAGUUCAUGACCUCCGAACAAAACCAAUGCGGCAUCCUAAGGAGAUUUUCUGGAGCCCUUGGGUUCUCGAGGCCAGUCAAUGCACCCAUCGUGGUUGAAGUAAACGGCGAAGAUUCAGGAAUUGCCUUUUUCCUUCAUUUCUCAGUUCAUGCUGCAAGGGAAGUUCAAAGGAAAUUUGAAGACACGAGAAUACUCCCCGUCCAUUAUUCCGACAACUACUUUUCCCUUGUUCCAGGCGAAACAAUGAAUGUGACUAUCGACUUCGAGGUUCCUUCGGGAGUCACUCCGCGAAUCACUCUUAGCGGUUGGAAUUAUCAUGAAGAUCUGGCUAUCUUUUGAACUCCAACUCCAGCUGGUAGAACAGUUUAUUAAAUCCUUUUAGUUGGUAAUUGAGCAUCAUCCCUGACAAAUAAUCUUGGUGGAGGCUACCUAGUGGUUCGAGUAAAGUCUUCAUUCGAUUGAGGGAAUGAUUGUCCUAAGUUGUAGUAUGUGGCUAAGCUCGAUCGAUCGAGUGCUCAAAGUUGUUAGAUGUCGAACAAUGACAUUGGCCUGAUCUAGAGUUGUGAGAUAUCCAAAACUACUCUCUGAUCUUCUAUGAAUUGGGCUAAAAGCUUUUAAGGAAAUGAAAUAAAUUUGGAAAAUUCUAUAAA